AUGGAUAUGCCACCGAUUCAUAUGUGUGCGUUUCUGCAUCAUGAAAAUGCACGAUUGAAAGCGAAAAUUGCUGACUUAAAACGACACAUUCACUAUCUGGAAAAACAAGUUGCCACCCAAGAUCAUGAUCAUUUACGUUCAUGUUCGAUAUCAUGUCAAACAGAUAUUGUCGUUCAACCACGACCAAAUCCUUCUGUAGGAAAACAUCCGUCCGAAGAGCAAAUGCGUCUGCAUCGUCUUUUAAAAGCUCAAAAUGAUCUGCUGAAAAAAUAUGAAAACGAAACGAUCCAAGAACAACGAAAACCACCUUCAUCAGGACGUAUCAAUGAUUAUGAACGUCGACUAAUCCAAUGUGAGAAAGAGAAAGAACAAGCAGAACGACGAGCAUUAUCCGCUCAAAAACGUAUGGAGAAAUUCGAAGAACGAUACGAACGUAUGAAGAAAGAAAUCAGUGCUCUCGACGGGAAUUUCUUCGAAGAAAUCGAAGAUUUGAAAUAUGCACUCCAGCAAGCCAACAAUCUCAAUCAUGAAUAUGAAAAAACCGUCCAAAUGCUCAGCUCUCGACUUGGUAUACCAUAUCCGAAAAUCACUGGGAAACCUAAUUGA